AUGGCAGACGAAUCCGCCAUCGCCGAGGCCGAGCAGCUGGUCCUGGACCUCAAGAGACACACCGGCUCGGCAGCGGCCCGGGCCACGGUAGUCCGGCGGCUUGACACGCUGCGGUGCCUGGUGCACGGGGGCCUGGACGCGCUGCUGUUCCAAGCCCGCCCGUUCCAAAUCCUCCCCGCGCUCAACAUGCUGCUCGACUUUGGGGUGUUCGACGCGGUUCCGGUUGGCGGGAGUGUCUCGCUCGAGGACCUCUCCGCGGCCGUCAAGCUCGAUGCCUCUAUUCUAGCCCGCUUCCUCCAUAUCGUGCUCACCCAGGGCAUUCUCAGGGAGACGGCCCGAGAUAUGUACGAGCAUACGGCGGCGUCAGCCAUCUUUCGCACCGACCAAGCAGCUAGCUUGUUCCGCGUGGGCACGAUGCAGUUCCCGCGGUGGUGGAAAGUGUCCGAGUACCUGCAGACGCACACGGCGGCGCAGGCGCAGGACGCGCGGCGGGUGCCGUACGUGUGGGCGGCGGGCCACGACGGCCGCAUGACGUACUACGAGGCGCUCGAGGCGGAGCCGGCCGUGGCGGCGGCGUGGCACCGGGGCAUGGAGCUGGUGCAGGCGACGCAGCCCGUGACGGGCAUGUUCCUAUUCGGCGCCGCUGCCGAGGCUGCCGCCGAGGCCGAGCCGCACCGCGCCUUCGUCGUCGACGUCGGCGGCGGCCGCGGAAACGCGCUCGUGGCCAUUCUGAAGGAGUGCGCCGCCAAAGGCAGCAGCACCCCCCGCAUGGUCCUGCAGGACAUGGCUGAGGUGCUCGAGGGUCAAGACCCUGUUAGGAUCGACGGCGUCGAGAACAUGCCGCACGACUUUUACAACGAGCAGCCCGUCAAGAAUGCGCACAUCUACUACCUCCGCAACGUGCUGCACAACCACUACGACGACCGCAGCCGGGUGAUCCUGGGCCACAUCGUCGACGCCAUGGGCCCGACGUCGCGCGUGCUGAUCGGCGAGAUGAUUCUGCCGGCGACGGCCGUUGCGGGGUGCGACCCGCUCCCUUUCUUCAUGGACGUGAACAUGUUCAUGGAGGGCGGCGUCGAGCGGACCGAGGAGCAGUGGCGCAGGCUGCUGGACGAGGUCGGGCUCCGCAUCGAGAAGAUUUGGAGGCUGCCUGACAAUCCCGUCCAGAGCACCAUCGAGGCCAGGUUGAAGAAUAGUUGA